UUGAUUUGGAGAAAUUGGUGAAUGACGGUUUAUGCAUUUUAUUUGUUUGAUCGUCAAGGCAACUGUUUGUGCUAUAGAGAAUGGAGUAGACCCAAACUUAUGAAGGAUGCUACACAAGAUCAGAAAAAUACUUUUGGUGUAUUAUUUGCUUUAAAAAACUUUUGCAAGAAACUAUCUCCUCGACAACCUGGAGGACAACUGAAGAAUUAUUCGACAGAUGUAUAUUCACUUCAUUAUUUUGAAAGCCCUACAGGUCUUCGUUUUGUAUUAUUGACGAGUAGAGGUUCUGGAGACCUUUCCGGGGUUCUUCGUGAUAUUUAUUUGAAUGUAUAUGUUGACACAGUUACAAGAAAUCCAUUAUAUGUACCAGGAGAAUCUAUUCAGUCACAACUUUUCUUUUCGAAACUUGAUACUGCUAUCAAGGCACUUGCUUGUUUUCAAGACAACGAAGAAAACAAAAGUAUUUCAUGAUGACCAUAAUAAUAAAUGUCAUAGAUCGUCGUGAAUUGUUGUUAUCCAUGUUCACAUUUGUUCCUUAUUCUUUCUCCUAUAAGGGAGUUCUAAAGCCUAUUUAUGUAAAGUCUCAUCAAAAG